GUCCCCGCGAUGAAGUCCGCCGUCCUCCUGGCGGCGGCGGUCGUCGAGGGCAAGACGCCUUACUUCAUGUACGCCCCGACGCCGAAGCCGACGUCCGUGCCGUCGGCCGCGCCGAACCCCAUGCCGACCUACGUGCCGUCGAUCAUGCCGACGUCCUACCCGCCGACGACGCACCCGAUCCCCAUGCCCACGUACGUGCCCACAUACGUGACGGAGGCGCCGAGCUACUCGCCGAGCUACGUGACCGACGCGCCGAGCUACACGCCGACGUUUUUGACGCCGGACCCGACGCCCGUGCCCUACCCGAUGCCGACGCAAGGUUCCCGCGUCCGCGAGCCGGAGACGUGUCCCUGA